AUGCCGAUACGUCAGGCCGUACGUCAGGUCCGAAACAUCAGUCCGAACACAGGCAGAUACAUCGAGGCCAGACACAUCAGGCUCUCCGGAUACAUCAGGCAGACACAUCAGCAGAUACAUCAGCAGAACAGCAGGCCGAUACAUCAGGCCGAUACAUCAGGGCCGAUACAUCAGGCCGAUACAUCUGGCAGAUACAUCAGGCCGAUACAAUCAGAGCCAAUACGAUCCGCAGAUACAUCAGGGCAUAUACAUCAGGCAGAUUACUCAGGCCGACACAUCAGGCGACACAUCAGGCCGACACAUCAGCAGAUACAUCAGAGGCCGACACAUCAGCCGACAAUCACUCCAGGCCGACACAUCAUCAGGCCCCCCGACACAUCAGGCCGACACAUCAGGCCGACCACAGGGAACCCAUCAGGACAGGCCGACACAUCAGGCCGACCAUCUAGACCGACACAAUCAGCAGAACAUCAGGCCGACACAUCAGCCGACACAUCAGCCGUAUCACAUCAGGACCGAGACAUAAGGCCACACAUCAGGCCGAUAUCAUCAGGCCGAUACAUCAGCAGAUACACACAUCAGAGCCUACACAUCCAGGCCGACAAUCAGGCCGACAUCAGGCAUAUACGUCAGGCCGAUACGUUCAGGCCGAUACGUCAGGCCGAUUACGUCUGGCCGAUAUGUCAGCCGAUACGUCAGGCCGAUACUCAGGUCGAUUACGUCAGGCCGAUACUCAAGCCGAUACGUCAGCCUACGAUUACCUCAGGCAGAUACAUCGCAGAUACGUCAGGUAUCGCCGAUACGCAGCCGCUACGUCGCGAUACAUCAGCCCGUACACAGGCAGAUCUCUAUCAGGCAAACCUCAGCCGAUACGUCAGGCCCAGAACGCGGCAGAUACAUCAUAGCGAGACUCAGGCCGAUACGUCAAGGCCGAUACAUCCAGGCCGAAACAUCCAGGCAGAUACAUCAGGCCGACACAUCAGCCGUCACGAUCAUCGAUACAUCUGGACCGACACUUCAGGCAAUACAUCAGGCAGAUCCAUCAUCUGA